AUGAAAUAAUACACUUUCAUACCAUCAGUAUAUGGAAAGAGUAAGUUUUAAUUUAACCCCCAAAAAGAUGUGAAAGUAGUUUUGUAAUAAGAGUAUUACAAUACUAUAACAAAUGAAAUAAAUAGGAAUAUAGUUGGAAAAACUGAUUAAAAAAGAGCAGUACUAGUUUUCUUUAAUACCAAAGACAUCUUGCUUGACUACUACAAUAGUUAACAGUUCAAAACAUUAAAAUAAAAUUCCUAGACUUAAAUUAUGACAGAAGAAAACUCAAUUGAAGAAAGAAAGAAAAUUAUAAAAGACGCAACAUACUCUGGUGCAAUUACUUUACUUACUAAAAUAUUUGGUAGGGGCAUAGAUUUCUAAGUUAAUGAUACAAUUAUAUUUUAAAAUUAUGGAAUUCAUGUUAUUCAGACUUUCUUUUCUGAGGAUAAGUCUGAAGAGACCUAGACAAAAGGAAGGACAGCAAGAUAAGGUGAAGAAGGGUCUUACAGCAUGGUUCUUCAACAAGACACUCUUUAGGCUUUCCUUAAAACAGAAGAAGACUAAAAGAAAACUGAGAAACUUGAUGAAAUAUAUGAAGUCCUUGAUAGAAAUCGUCAGGUUAAUUUCGAAAAUGACUUUAAAAGUAAUAUAGAAUAUAAUCAAAAGACCUCUAUUACUAGUCAUAAAUAAUCAGAAAACUUCUUAAACUUUUUAAAAGAUCGUAAUCUAUAAGAAGUUAAAAAAUACUUAUUGUAAUUGAAUUAAGGACCAAAAGAAAAAACUUUUAAAACUCUAAUUGCUAUGGAUAUUACUGGAUCAAUGGGUAGUCUCAUCACUUAAACUAAAAAUACUAUUUAGACAACUUUUGAAUAAACUAGGGAGAUCUUAAAGGAAAAAGGAUAUGAUCCAUAAUGUUUUUUAAUCAUGAUAAGCUGUUUUAGAAGUUAUACUAGCAGAUGGUAAUAGAUAUUCUAAACUUCAACUUGGGAAAAUAAUCCAGACAAAUUAAGGUCUUUCCUAUAAACAAUAACAGCCUCUGGCGGUACAGGACCAGGAGAAUCUGUAGAAGUAGGAUUAUGGUGGGCUAACAAAUAAAAUGAUGAAGACCCAAUAAGCCAAGUAAUAGUUUUAGGGGAUUAACCUGCACAUCUAUAGAAUGAAGCUUAAGCUCAUAGAAAUUCAUUUGGAUAAACUUAUUGGGAUAGUACUCCACUAAAAGGAUUAACUUAUUAUGUUCCAGAGUGUUAAAAACUUAGCAGUAAAAAGAUUCCUGCGAAUACAUUUUAUCUCCAUCCAGGAGCAAAAAGUACAUACGAAGAUAUUGCAAAAUUAACUAGCGGAAUUAGUGAAUAUCUAGAUAUAAAUUCAGCCUAAAGCUCCAAAAAAUUAACAAAUCUGUUUGUCGAAUCACUUUUAAAAGAUAUUGGAAAGCAAGAUGGUCGUAGCAACGAAUUAAUUGCAGCAUACAAAGCCAAGUUUUCUUGA